AUGUUUAAUUUGCAGGAUUCUUUAGAAGAUUUUGGUGGCGAUGGUGAAGAUUAUAGUAUAUUGUUUGCUACAGAUGAGGAAUUUGCAAAAAAGGAUGAUGCUGUUGCUUGGGUGAAAAGCAUGGGCAUGGCAAAUGGUAUGCUAAUAUACGUAGUUUCUAGUAAGAAGAAGAAUGCUGUUCUGAUGAGAUGUUGUAAAGGGGGAAAGGUGUCAGUUGAUGAUGGUGAAUAUUAUGUCACAUCAGAUUCGAAGACACAAGUCACUGGGUAUAAAUUUAAGUUAUAUGUGCACUUAGUGGAUGGGAAGUGGCGCAUUCGGGUGUAUCCUGGUGAGUUUGGAAUGCAUAACCACGAGCUGUUUGACGAAGAUCAUCCCACGAGGGGCCUUAGCGAUGGAGUGAAACAGCUUAUACAGGGUAUGUCCAAAGAUGGGUGCAGACCGUGUCAGAUCAUGGCUGCGAUUGAGAGGAUCUUUCCUGAUGAAAAAGUUAACAGACGGCAAGUGUACAAUUUCAGGAAGAAAUUGCCCAAGAUUGCAAAUGGUUUUACAUAUGGGUUGUGGAAAGACGUUGUGGAAGCUAAUAAUCAGGAUGAGUACAAUAAAGCUGUUGCCGUAAUAAUCCGUCGUUGGCAGUCUUUUCCGAGAGUUCUUAAUUAUAUCCAGAAGACAUGGCUAGUGGUUGACUACAAAUUCGUCAAGGCAUGGACGAAUGUUGUGUUUCAUAUGGGCAACAGUACUACAGGUAGGGUGGAGAGCGCGCACAAGCAGUUAAAAACCUGGCUGGAAACAUCCACGGCGUCGCUGGAUACACUUUGGGCUAAGGUGCACUUGGAAAUUCAGAGUCAGCUAACCGAAAUACGGUACAAACUGGAGUACUCAAGACAGAAAAUUGGCACCCAUUAUUGCAGUUUUCCACUGAACCGCUUGAAAUGUCAAGUUUCACAUACUUGUUUGCAAAAGCUGAACACUGAGUGGUCGAAGGCGCAAGAGUGGAAAGAAGAAACGAAUGACCGAUGCGAUAAUGUGGUGUACUGGACUUGUCGAAUUCCAUGUGUGUGUGCCCUCAAAAAGGCUGCAGAUGCCGGCACAUCGAUAACUCUUGAGCAUAUUCACCCAUUCUGGGCGACCCUUAAUAUCGGUGAACAGGCUGGUACGAGUGCUUCUAGCGAUGUGGAUGACGAGGUCCUGUAUACCAGACAGUUGAUGGAAGAGCUGAACGAGUGUCCUAAGGCAGUACGACGCACUGUAAAUAAGGCUCUCCACGAUAUUAUGCAUCCAGACCAGUGUGGGUUCAAACAACCCGAGGAGGUCAAGAGAAGGAAAGGGCGGCCUAAGGGGGCUAAAUCAAAGAAAAAAGCAGAGGCCAGCACUCUUGCCCAUGAACAAUCCCCACAGAAAAAAGUAACACCUAAUGUGUGGGAUUACAGGGACGAGGCUCAAGGAAAGUCUACCAAAGUUACUAGCGAUUCAAGUAAGAAGCGCCCUCGUCUUCAGGUGGUCGUACAGAUGCAUCCACAGCCUGAUGAGAAUCAUGUAGCCUUCCAUGGAGGUUCUCCUAGUGAAGGGAAUGAGCUAGUCCUUCAUUCUAGUUUUGGAAUGCCAAGUUUACUUUGCAAGCCAAUCAAGGAAGAAAGGAUGGAUCUUGACUACUUAUGUGAUAGGGAGUUGGUUCAAGAGAGCUAUGAUCAAGGUGAUGAGAAUGUCAUUAACUUUGGGGUUCAAACCAAAGGAGAUGAAGACCUCAUGGAAAUAAGUGCUGAAGAGUAUCAAGAGAGUUUGACUCUGUGUGCUCCAUGA